CAUAAAAAGAAAAGACUCCGCGAGGAGCGAGUGAGUCAGAACCGAAGCCGCCGACGCGGACCCCACAGAGCCGCCAACCCAGGGCAUGUUCCGAGACUACGGGGAACCCGGACCGAGCUCCGGCGCCGGCGGUGCGUACGGCGGCCCGACGCAGCCCCCGGCCACAGGCCAGCAGAAGUUCCACCUCGUGCCAAGCAUCAACACUGUGAGUGGCAACCAGGAGCUUCAGUGGAUGGUUCAGCCUCACUUCCUGGGACCCAGCAGCUACCCCAGGCCUCUGGCCUAUCCCCCGUACAGUUCUCCGCAGCCCCGGCCAGGAGUCAUCCGGGCCCUGGGCCCAACUCCAGGGGUACGUCGCCGGCCCUGUGAACAGAUCAGCCCCGAGGAGGAGGAACGCCGUCGAGUGAGGCGGGAGAGGAACAAGCUAGCCGCGGCCAAGUGUAGGAACCGGAGGAAAGAACUGACCGACUUCCUGCAGGCGGAGACCGACAAACUGGAGGAUGAGAAAUCUGGACUGCAGCGAGAAAUUGAGGAGCUGCAGAAGCAGAAGGAGCGCCUGGAGCUGGUGCUCGAAGCCCACCGCCCCAUCUGCAAAAUCCCAGAAGGGGCCAAGGAGAGCGAAACCAGCUGCACAGGUGGUGCCAGCGGCACCAGCAGCCCGCCAGGCCCCUCCCGCCCUGUGCCAUGUAUCUCUCUUUCUCCAGGGCCUGUACUUGAACCCGAAGCAUUGCACACUCCCACGCUCAUGACCACACCCUCCCUGACUCCUUUCACCCCCAGUCUGGUCUUCACCUACCCCAGCACACCAGAGCCCUGUGCCUCAGCCCAUCGCAAGAGUAGCAGCAGCAGUGGGGACCCCUCUUCUGAUCCCCUGGGCUCCCCAACCCUCUUGGCCUUAUGAGGUACCCCAGCUCCCCCUCCCUGUGGGUGCCACCCUAACCAGUAUUUCCCUGCUCAUUGGUCCAGCUGGCCUGGAUCAUAUCCCAUGUUCAACCCCAUUAGAUUCUUCUCCAUCCCUCCAGACAAGACUGAGCAUAUUUUGCUUCCUAGUAGAGCCAAAGCUGCCCACUGGUUCUCCAGAGCUGGCCUCUAGCACAAUUUGCACUAAAUCCGAGACAAAAUAGUUCCCAUUUGUUGGAGAAAAUUCCAGGCAGCUCCCAAGGGACUUUGUAGAUUCUGAGGUCCUCUGGAGCCCUAAUCCUCUGCAGAUCACCCCUAUGGUCUUCAUCAUCUCUUCCUGUGAUCCACCCAACCCUACCCCUGACAGAAGAUGAUACUCUACCAGCCUAGAACACUAACUCACCUAGCCCCACUGCCAGCAGCACCAGGUUAUUGAACCAGGACACUCUGCCAGCGCUUCCUAAAAGGAACGGCUCAGGAGAGUGCCAGAGCUGACCUGCAGCCCCCAGCUCUGAGAAGACUUUAGCUCCAAGCCUCCACAGCGUGGGCAGCUGCUAUUUAUUUUCCUAAAAAGAGUAUUUUUAUACAAACCUGCCAAAAUGGAAUAAAAGGCUUGAAGCUCUAGCCUGCUCUCGUUGGACCCAGAGGCUAAAGGGAGACCAUUUGGAACCAGAAGUCUCAGGCUCCCAUUUCAGCUCCACCAACUCACUACCUGACCUUGGACAAAAUGAUAUUUCUGGACCUCCUCGAUUUUCUCAUCUGACAAAUGAGGCUACAUCUGUUCUGCCUCAUCUCCAGGACUGAGAAGAGGAAGAGAAGUGCUGUGAGGUGCCAAACCAAGAGGAUUAUCCUCCUUCUGGUGGGGGACCCACAGUGCUCCGGCGUGUGCCACCGGAGGGCGCUGUUAGGCCCCUUCCAGCCUCUCGAGAGGCGGCUGAGUGGGUUUUAGGCCCCCGGCACCUGCUUCCUGCCCCAUUGUCUUGGACAGGAAGGAACCGGGAAGGGAGCUGGAGCCACUUCUGGGGCCGGAUCACGGCCUGUCCUGGGACCUGAUGGGGGGAGCCAAUGGCUCACCACUGUCCCACAUCCCGCCCUAGGACCGAGGUAAUGGGGGAGUCAGCUACCUUAGUUCUACAGUCCCUGCAGAUGGGAAUGGUAACCCCCAAUGGUCCCUGCCCUUGUCUCAACUCCGGCGAUUUCCAAACAGACGCGCCCGGGC